AUGCAGAUCAUUUACUAUUGCCCUGGGCUCCUGCAUUCCCCUGGACUGACAGCUCCGCAGUGGCAGGCGGGGUGGGGGUGGUUUUGCGCAGGCGCCUUGGGAGGGCGGGGCCGCUGGCCGCGCCUGCGCGCUGCGCCCAGGCGGCUGCGGUUUGAAGCGGGAGGCGCGCGACGGGUCCGUUACCCGGGACCGGGCGUCGGGCACUUACCGGGCGGCCGGGCCAUGCCUGCCGAGGAGCUGCGAGAAGACGCCCUGCUCGACUUCUUGGCGAAGAACGGCGGCCGCGUGAAGAACAAGGCGCUGGUUGAGAGGUUUAAAGCGUUUAUCAACGCCGCCGAGCCGCAGCUGCGAGCUAAAUAUCGUGAUAUCUUCAAAGAUAUUGUCAACAAGAUUGCAGUGGUAAAACAGGAAGAUGGUGAAAAAUACAUUAUUCUUAAAAAGAAAUAUCAGCAUCUUGUGCAAGAAAGAGGUAGCAACAGCAAAGACGAGAAAAUGAUUUUGAAUACGCCUGCACAAGCAUCAUUUGAACAAAUAUUGGAAAAAGACCAACCUGUGAAUUUUGGGGAAGAAGAGCAACCAGGCUCGCUCUCUGAUGUUCAGCCCUUCAUGCCAAAGUCACAAAAUGAAGCAUCCGAGAUCGGGAGCCUUUCCAGUGCUGUAAUCACCGCACCAGCGAAGGUGAAUGCGUGCGAGUGGAUUGUGCCAGAUUUACCAACGACCCCCACGAUGUCUAAAGCACCUUCGGAAAUAACUAGUGAUAGCCAGGGAAAUCCCAGACUUUGCUUCAAUGAAGCAUCUGAAGAAAAGCAGGAUGAAAAGUUUGAUGUUGCUUCUGAAAACAAUGCAGCAAAUCCAGUGAAUAUUGAAAUAAAGGUGGAAGAACCUCAGCAGGAAGAAUUUGACUCUGUGUUCAAGGAUGACUUGGAACAAAAUGGAUUUGAGGAUGGCACUGGAAGUAUGGGAUCGCCCUCUGUUGCUUUGGAUCCUUUAGAGAAGGAGUGGCUGAAGUGUGCUGCCAUUGGACAUUUAACUGCUUUGUGUGACCUUCUCAGGCAGGAUCCAUCUCUGGCAAUGAAAAAGGACUUCACAUCUUUCAACUUCAAUCGCAAGUUCAUUCCAAAGGAAAACUAG